AUGCGUGGCUCCCCUUCUCCUGAGGAGUCCUCCUCCCCUGAGGACUUCAUGCUGAGCUCAGUUUGUCCCCCAACAGAGACGCUCAGAAAGACUCUGGAACAGGAUUGCGACAGAACCCUCCCGAUUUUGCCUUCAGACCCAGUUCCAACCCCUACUGUCGAAAAACCUUUUGAAUGCUCACAGUGUGGGAAGAGAUUCAGUCACAGUGGCACUCUUCAGCAACAUCAAAGGACCCACACAGGGGAGAAACCUUUUGCAUGCUCAGAGUGUGGAAAGAGAUUCAGUCGGAGUGGCACUCUUCAACUGCAUCAGAGAACUCACACAGGGGAGAAACCUUUUGAAUGCUCAGAGUGUGGAAAGAGAUUCAGUUGGAGUGGCACUCUUCAGCAACAUCAAAGGACCCACACAGGGGAGAAAACUUUUGCAUGCUCACAGUGUGGAAAGAGAUUCAGUCGGACUGUCCAACUUCAGUUGCAUCAGAGAACCCACACAGGGGAGAAACCUUUUGAAUGCUCACAGUGUGGGAAGAGAUUCAGACAGAGUAGCAAUCUUCAGCAACAUCAAAGGACCCACACAGGGGAGAAACCUUUUGAAUGCUCAGAGUGUGGGAAGAGAUUCAGUCAUAGUGGCACUCUUCAGCAACAUCAAAGGACCCACACAGGGGAGAAACCUUUUGCAUGCUCAGAGUGUGGAAAGAGAUUCAGUCAUAGUGGCCAUCUUCAACAGCAUCAAAGAACCCACACAGGGGAGAAACCUUUUGAAUGCUCACAGUGUGGGAAGAGAUUCAGUCAGCAUGGCACUCUUCAACAACAUCAAAGGACCCACACAGGGGAGAAACCUUUUGAAUGCUCACAGUGUGGAAAGAGAUUCAGUCGGAGUGUCCAACUUCAGUUGCAUCAGAGAACCCACACAGGGGAGAAACCUUUUGAAUGUUCACAGUGUGGGAAGAGAUUCAGACAUAGUGGCAAUCUUCAGCAACAUCAAAGGACCCACACAGGGGAGAAACGUUUUGAAUGCUCACAAUGUGGGAAGAGAUUCAGUCACAGUGGCACUCUUAAACAACAUCAAAGGACCCACACAGGGGAGAAACCUUUUGAAUGCUCACAGUGUGGAAAGAGAUUCAGUCGGAGUGUCCAACUUGAGUUGCAUCAGAGAACCCACACAGGGGAGAAACCUUUUGAAUGCUCACAGUGUGGGAAGAGAUUCAGACAGAAUGGCAAUCUUCAGCAACAUCAAAGGACCCACACAGGGGAGAAACCUUUUGAAUGCUCACAAUGUGGGAAGAGAUUCAAUCACAGUGGCACUCUUAAACAACAUCAAAGCACCCACACAGGGGAGAAACCUUUUGAAUGCUCACAGUGUGGGAAGAGAUUCAGUCAGAGUGGCACUCUUCAACAACAUCAAAGGACCCACACAGGGGAGAAACCUUUUGAAUGCUCACAGUGUGGAAAGAGAUUCAGUCGGAGUGGCCAUCUUCAGCUGCACCAUAGAACCCACAAAGGGAAAAAACCCAAGACGCCAGAUAACGGAGAGCCCACCGAACCGAUUGAAGAGCUGACAGUUCCGAAGGGAGUGACGGUGGUCCGGAGGAAAGCCAAAUCUCCGACGCACUUCUCUACGUUACUGUAUACCCCGACGCAGUGGAAGCCGCGAACCUCGACCGCGUUAAUGGACGAGGCCGCGGGGCACUACACGGCACUGCUGACCGGGACCGGAGCCGAGGGGGAAGAUGCCAGAUCCGGCACGGGCUCGGAGGGGGAGAACGGGCAGCAGCCCCAGAGGGAGACGAAACUCCUACGGGACGAGAUGUUCAUCUGGGCCCAAGAGAUCCACAACGAGGUCCAAGCGAGCCACUUCCAGAUCACUCGGGAGCUGCAGAGGCAGAUGGCCGAACUCUGGGAGCAGCUCGGGGUUGGACCCAGAGAGAACCCACAAGACCCCCCGGCGGAUGUCCCGAGAGAGGAGCCAGCAGAACCACCGAGGGGGGAAGACAAGACAUAUAGGAAGUACUUCAAAAAUAGAUUACAGCUACUUGUGCACCAAAGCGUACACAGAGGCAAGAAACCUUCUGAAUGUUCAAAGUGUGGGAAGAGAUUAGGUGACAGUGGCCCUCUUCAACGGCAUCAAAGAACACACAAAGGGGAGAAACCUUUUGAAUGCUCACAGUGUGGAAAGAGAUUCAGUCGGAGUUGCCAUCUUCAGCAACAUCAGAGAACCCACACAGGGGAGAAACCUUUUGAAUGCUCACAGUGUGGGAAGAGAUUCAGACAGAGUAGCAGUCUUCAGCAACAUCAAAGGACCCACACAGGGGAGAAACCUUUUGAAUGCUCAGAGUGUGGAAAGAGAUUCAGUCACAGUGGCAAUCUUCAGCAACAUCAGAGGACCCACACAGGGGAGAAACCUUUUGAGUGCUCAGAGUGUGGAAAGAGAUUCAGUCACAGUGGCACUCUUCAGCAACAUCAGAGGACCCACACAGGGGAGAAACCUUUUGAAUGCUCAGAGUGUGGAAAGAGAUUCAGUCACAGAGGCACUCUUCAGCAACAUCAGAGGGCCCACACAGGGGAGAAACCUUUGGAAUGCUCACAGUGUGGGAAGAGAUUCAGUCAUAGUGGCACUCUUCAGAAACAUCAAAUGACCCACACAGGGGAGAAACCUUUUGAAUGCUCAGAGUGUGGAAAGAGAUUCAGUCACAGUGGCACUCUUCAGCAACAUCAGAGGACCCACACAGGGGAGAAACCUUUGGAAUGCUCACAGUGUGGGAAGAGAUUCAGUCAGAGUGGCACUCUUCAGCAACAUCAAAGGACUCACACAGGGGAGAAACCUUUUGAAUGCUCACAGUGUGGGAAGAGAUUCAGUCAGCGUGGCACUCUUCAGCAACAUCAAAGGACCCACACAGGGGAGAAACCUUUUGAAUGCUCACAGUGUGGAAAGAGAUUCAGUCGGAGUGUCCAACUUCAGUUGCAUCAGAGAACCCACACAGGGGAGAAACCUUUUGAAUGCUCACAGUGUGGGAAGAGAUUCAGACACCGUGGCACUCUUCAGCAACAUCAGAGGACCCACACAGGGAAGAAACCUUUCGAAUGCUCAGAGUGUGGAAAGAGAUUCAGUCACAGUGGCACUCUUCAACAACAUCAAAGGACCCACACAGGGGAGAAACCUUUUGAAUGCUCACAGUGUGGAAAGAGAUUCAGUCGGAGUGUCCAACUUGAGUUGCAUCAGAGAACCCACACAGGGGAGAAACCUUUUGAAUGCUCACAGUGUGGGAAGAGAUUCAGACACAGUGGCAAUCUUCAGCGACAUCAAAGGACCCACACAGGGGAGAAACCUUUUGAAUGCUCACAGUGUGGGAAGAGAUUUAGUCGGAGUGGCACUCUUCAGCAACAUCAGAGGACCCACACAGGGAAGAAACCUUUCGAAUGCUCAGAGUGUGGAAAGAGAUUCAGUCAGAGUGGCAAUCUUCAGCAACAUCAAAGGACCCACACAGGGGAGAAACCUCUUGAAUGCUCAGAGUGUGGAAAGAGAUUCAGUCGGAGUGGCCAUCUUCAGCUGCACCAUCAUCAGAGAACCCACACAGGGGAAAAACCUUUUGAAUGUUCAGAGUGUGGAAGGAGAUUCAGUCGGAGUGGCCAUCUUCAGCUGCAUCAGAGAACCCACACAGGGGAGAAACCUUUUGAAUGCUCAGAGUGUGGAAAGAGAUUCAGUGAAGGUGGCACUCUAAAGGUGCAUCAAAGGACCCACACAGGGGAGAAACCUUUUGAAUGCUCAGAGUGUGGAAAGAGAUUCAGUCACAGUGGCACUCUAAAGCUGCAUCAAAGGACCCACACAGGGGAGAAACCUUUUGCAUGCUCACAGUGUGGAAAGAGAUUCAGUCGGAGUGCCCAACUUCAGGUGCAUCAGAGAACCCACACAGGGGAGAAACCUUUUGAAUGCUCACAGUGUGGGAAGAGAUUCAGUCAGAGUGGCAAUCUUCAGCAACAUCAAAGGACCCACACAGGGGAGAAACCUUUUGAAUGCUCACAGGGUGGAAAGAGAUUCAGUCACAGUGACCAUCUUCAACAGCAUCAAAGAACCCACACAGGGGAGAAACCUUUUGCAUGCUCACAGUGUGGAAAGAGAUUCAGUCACAGUGGCACUCUAAAGCUGCAUCAGAGAACCCACACAGGGGAGAAACCUUUUGAAUGCUCAGAGUGUGGAAAGAGAUUCAGUGAAGGUGGCACUCUAAAGCUGCAUCAGAGAACCCACACAGGGGAGAAGCCUUUUGAAUGCUCACAGUGUGGAAGGAGAUUCAGUCGGAGUGCCCAUCUUCAGUUGCAUCAGAGAAUCCACACAGGGGAGAAACCUUUUGAAUGCUCACAGUGUGGGAAGAGAUUCAGACAGAGUGGCAAUCUUCAGCAACAUCAAAGGACCCACACAGGGGAGAAACCUUUUGCAUGCUCACAGUGUGGAAAGAGAUUCAGUCACAGUGGCACUCUAAAGCUGCAUCAGAGAACCCACACAGGGGAAAAACCUUUUGAAUGCUCAGAGUGUGGAAAGAGGUUCAGUGAAGGUGGCACUCUAAAGCUGCAUCAGAGAACCCACACAGGGGAAAAACCUUUUGAAUGCUCAGAGUGUGGAAGGAGAUUCAGUCGGAGUGGCCAUCUUGAACUGCAUCAAAGAACCCACACAGGAGAGAAACCUUUUGAAUGCUCACAGUGUGGGAAGAGAUUCAGUCAGAGUGGCAGUCUUCAGCAACAUCGAAGGACCCACACAGGGGAGAAACCUUUUGCAUGCUCACAGUGUAGAAAGAGAUUCAGUCGGAGUGCCCAACUUCAGUUGCAUCAGAGAACCCACACAGGGGAGAAACCUUUUGAAUGCUCACAGUGUGGGAAGAGAUUCAGACAGAGUGGCAAUCUUCAGCAACAUCAAAGGACCCAUACAGGGGAGAAACCUUUUGAAUGCUCACAGUGUGGGAAGAGAUUCAGUCAGAGUGGCACUCUUCAGCAACAUCAAAGGACCCACACAGGGGAGAAACCUGUUGAAUGCUCACAGGGUGGAAAGAGAUUCAGUCACAGUGGCCAUCUUCAACAGCAUCAAGGAACCCACACAGGGGAAAAACCUUUUGAAUGCUCAGAGUGUGGAAAGAGAUUCAGUGAAGGUGGCACUCUAAAGCUGCAUCAGAGAAACCACACAGGGGAAAAACAUUUUGAAUGCUCAGAGUGUGGAAGGAGAUUCAGUCGGAGUGGCCAUCUUGAACUGCAUCAAAGAACCCACACAGGAGAGAAACCUUUUGAAUGCUCACAGUGUGGGAAGAGAUUCAGUCAGAGUAGCAGUCUUCAGCAACAUCAAAGGACCCACACAGGGGAGAAACCUUUUGCAUGCUCACAGUGUGGAAAGAGAUUCAGUCGGAGUGCCCAACUUCAGUUGCAUCAGAGAACCCAUACAGGGGAGAAACCUUUUGAAUGCUCACAGUGUGGGAAGAGAUUCAGACAGAGUGGCAAUCUUCAGCAACAUCAAAGGACCCAUACAGGGGAAAAACCUUUUGAAUGCUCAGAGUGUGGAAAGAGAUUCAGUCAGAGUGGCACUCUUCAGCAACAUCAAAGGACCCACACAGGGGAGAAACCUUUUGAAUGCUCACAGUGUGGGAAGAGAUUCAGUCAGAGUGGCACUCUUCAACAACAUCAAAGGACCCACACAGGGGAGAAACCUUUUGAAUGCUCACAGUGUGGAAAGAGAUUCAGCUCGGCUGGCACUCUUCAACGGCAUCAGAGAACCCACACCGGGGAGAAACCUUUUGAAUGUUUAAAAUGUGGAAAGAGAUUCAGUCAGAGUGGCACUCUAAAAUGCCAUGAAAGAACCCACACAGGGGAGAAAGGUUUUGAAUUCCCCUUUUCCUUUGAGGAGGUGUCUGUCUGUUUCACCGUAGCAGAAUGGGACCUGCUGGAUCCGGACCAGAAAACUCUCUACAGGGAAGUCAUGCGGGAGAACUAUCUGAGCGUCAUCUCUCUGGGUAAGGAGGAUCUCCCACAAGUGCCAGAGGUGUGA